AUGAAGGGCAAAACAACUGGAGCAAAGAGGAUGAUCGAGGAUGUCAAUGCACAACGAGUUGCCUUCUCGAAACGGCGACCAGGACUCUUCAAGAAAGCAAGCGAACUAUGCACUCUUUGUGCCACUGAGAUGGCGAUUAUUCUCUUCUCUCCUAGCGGCAAGCCUUUCUCCUUUGGACACCCUUCUGUGGAUGCAGUCCUUGACAGGUUUGAGCAUCCACAGACGGUUUGUCCUACUGUCACUCAGGCUCAAACUAAUGGAGACCAAACCUUAGUUGAACUGAACAGACAAUACGCAGAUGUGCUCGAGCGACUGGAAGCCGAAAAGAAACGGGCAAAAGAGCUCCAACAUAUUAAGCCUCUGGAAAUCGAAAACCUUAGCUUCGAACAGUUAAUGGUAUUAAAGAAGGCGCUGGCAGAUCUCAAGGAAAAGGUGGACAAGAGAAGGAUGGAGCCCUUGGCAUUAGAAGCUUCAACUUCAACUCCUUGCGCAAGAGCUAUUGAUGCCUCUGUCAUUAGCCAAUUUGAUGGCAAACACUUCGAUCCUCGUGAAGCAAAUGUUGGUGAGGAGUAG